AUGGCUGGGGACAUAGCUCACGCUGAUUGGACCAACUCGUGUAGAUUUCAACACAUUCCACCACCGCUUCGUGCAAGUCAUCUCCCAAGACCAUGGGCUUUACAUACCGCCCCUUUCGCAUUUGUGGAUAUCCCCAAAGAGGGGUACCUCACCAUUAGCGUGCUGGACGGAUCGCAAACCGUCAACUGCAUGCCCACGACAAUUUUUGACGCCAGCUACGUCACUGGCUCCCGUGCCUUGGUCACGUAUUCCACUCCUCCCAACCCCCCCGAUCUCGAAGGCCAAAUCGCAAUCCUCAUCGAUCAAGUCGCCAGCAGUCUGCCUGGCGCAGACCCCCAGAGCAUUUGCGGUGUUAAGGACUCGCAAUGGGCCGUGUGUUGUAAAGCCAAAAGUGAGCGCACGGGUUCGCUGUUUGGUUUGGAAGGCCACAUGAUCACCUACAACCACUGCGUCCGCAGCAUUAAGCGAAGCGCCAUCCAAGUGGAGUUAUUUGCGGCUAAGUGCAAAAGCUGUGGAGGCCAACAAGAAGGCUCGUGCGACGACAUGGUCAUCGCGACCAGCGCUGAGCUCAUUUAUACCAACCCCACGCAGGACUUAACGCUUCUCAAGCUCAAGCUGAACCCUGGGGCGUCGUUGGCCACUUAUUGCGGCUCCAGCACUGUUAACGGCGCGGUCAAGAUGGACAAGGUCAUUCGGCAGCUCCAGGAACUGAACUUGGCGUCCAACGAUGUCCUCGCUGGUGGCAAUAGUCUACCCCAGCCCGAGCUCGUCAUCUCCAUCGUCGUCGCCCCCCCCAAGACGAAAACACCCGAAACACCCACGACGACACUCAAACCCACGCCUCAACCGAUCACGAACGUCGCCUCCACCUAG